GUUAUUCUUUCGACACCUUCGAUUCUUUUGUUCAGUUCAUCGUCAUGUCGCUCGUCAACCGACCUAACCACGUCCUCGCCAACCAGCGUUACUUCCAGGCUCCCUCCAACCAGCUCUUGUUCAUGCGUGGUCCCAGAGACAAGCUCUUCGUCUACGGUACUUUCCUCGUCUUGGGUACUGGUCUCGUUGGUGCCCUCUGGGGUGCUGGCCGCAUGAUUCGCGGUGAAAAAUAGAUAUAAAAUGUAUAUGAAGUAAACUCAAUCCUUUUUAGAACUGUCAUCUCAUUUAGAGAAGAAAACAAUUGUUUGUGUAAAAUUAUUUAUUUUCACUGACGUGCAG